AUGGCACAAAGGUUUCAAAUAGGGUGGAUGAGGUUGAUACCUUUCCUCGGAUACCACCAUGUGCUCAUGUUACUGAUCGCAGUUGCGAUCAUUCUGCUCUCAAUGUUAUUAGCAGGUUGCUCAUCUUCAUCGCCCGUUAUACCCAACAUCUUCCUCAUAUCCCUCUACUACCAACCAUAUACCCCCGUACCAUCAACAUCACAAACGGAUUUCAACGUUCACACUGCAAUAGCCAACAUCGUCGGUGGCGCAAGAUUAUCAGCAAGAGUUGGAUUCUUCGGAAUUUGCAUCAACCCAGAUGGAGGAUCCUGGCUAUGCAGCAACAAUGCCACAGCGUUAGCGAACGAAGUGAGCGUGGAUCAAGAUCCGCUGAAUUUAAUCUGGCUUGCAAGUCAAUUUAAGGACAUGAUUGUUUUCCCAUACUUGAUCAUUGUCGCAAUAAUCUUUGCGUUCAUCUGCCUCCUGCUCCUAGCGACUUUCCCAGGAUGGCACGAAGAAGAAGACGCCUCUGGCAGCGAACGAGAAGUGAAACCAUUCCCCUCCCGACCCGUCUCCCAAAUCGCCCUCGCAAUUAUCUUCAUCUCCUCGAUAUUCAUCCUGGUCUCCGUCCUCUGGCAACAUACGGCCUCAGUCGCCGCCUCGAUAAUAGCCCAGGAUCUUGGGAAUGGAAGCGUAUUAAGUGGAGUUGGCACCACGGCGAUGGUGCUUGGGUGGUUUGGAUUCGCACUAUUAAUCAUCGUCACGAUCGGACUGUUGGUUAUGAUAUUGAGUAUCAGAGUUCUGGCGGAGACAUUUGGUUAAGCGGAAAAGUUCCAACGGGCGAACACGACGGAAGGAAUAAUUUGAUACAUUUCAGCGAGCAUGAUGAGGCCCCAUCGCCCUUGCACACCACCAAUGGGUGAUCGGACCAUCGAGUCAUUGAGGGUCGAUCGCAUCAGUUUGUGUAUAAAGAAUGACUUUGAGCAUUUGGGACGGAGUUGGGCAGACUUUUUCGGUUGGAUUUUUUUCUCUUGGAGCGAAGAUAGGAAGGGAGGAGUCGGGCUUUAUUCCGGAUGUUAAUACCUACGCAGGGGGAAGUCGAGCAGCUGAGGAGGAUCUCAGCUUGUAUGUAAUUCGCAGGCGUGGAUUUGGAGAAAACACCCCCCCCC